ACUUUUGUUGGCACUGACGUGCCAAACCAUGAUCUCUUCUGCACACCCGUUUGUAAACUCCUGUGGGCCAGCAGAGAUCGCAGCUCUGAAGGACAGCAUACGGAAACUGGAGAAUGAUCUGUUGAUCAAAACUUGGCAAAUUCUCCACUUGCAAACGCACAAUUACUUCCAGCCAGUUGAAUCAGGUCCUUCAAACAGGAAACCUGAAGCUACAGCACCUCCCGAUGUGAACCAUAAGAACAGCGGAGCUUCGGACAACCUGGACACAUCAGUAAUCAAACCACUUCCCUCUGCUGGCAGUUUAAUUGUCUAUGACAGAGACUGUUCUGAGCUGUUCGACAGGCUGAAGCCACCAAGUGGUUUCUACCGCAUCAGGCCUAAAUUGCAGCUGGAGCCCUUUUUAGUCUACUGUGAUAUGGAGGAUGGAGGCGGGUGGACAGUGUUCCAGAAACGACGACAUGGAAGAGUUGACUUCAACAGAGAUUGGGUGGACUACCGAGAUGGUUUUGGUGACUUCAAACUGUGGAAUGACGAGUUUUGGUUGGGGAAUGAGCGCAUUCAUUCACUUCUAUCAGAAGGUCAGAACCUGGUGAAGAUUGAUCUGAUGGACUGGGACGGCCAAAGAAGCCACGCCUUUUAUAAUAACUUCAGGAUCACCAAUGAAGCUGAUAAGUAUCGUCUCCAGUACAGUUCGUACAGCGGGAAAGCAGGAGACGCUCUGUCUGGUGGGUCAGGGAUGGUGGAGCAGUGGUCUGCCUCUCUCAGCGGGAUGCAGUUCAGCACGAGGGAUCAGGAUAACGAUCGCUACCUUCAGGGAAGCUGUGCCCAGGAAAAUAAGGCAGGUUGGUGGUUUAACAGAUGCCAUGCAGCCAACCUGAAUGGAAUCUUCUACCGCAAGGGGGUGUACAAGGGUCAGUAUGAUAACGGCGUGGUGUGGGGGACCUGGAAAGGCCUUUGGUAUUCACUGAGGCACACUGCUAUGAAGGUUCGACCUCUGCUUUUCUUGGACAGUGCGGGCAGUGGAGCAGGGGAAACGUGAAAAGACGAGCCUUCACAUUCACUUGCAUCAUGUAAACAGAUAACACAGAAAAGGUUUCAGCUGUCACUACAUUAAUUUCUCCCUUUCUAUUAUUUGAAUUUAUCAUCAACCAUCACUUAUGUUGUGUUUUUUUCUAUUUUUCUUUUGAGCAUUUCUCUCUGUAAAGUGUACACUACCAAAACAUUAAAGUAAACAGC